UAGAUUUUAAAAACAUAUACGCCACAAUUUUUUUUUUGCUUCUCUUUUCAACUUAUACUAUAACCUACGGUAGUGUUUGAAGAUUUUUUUAAUUUUCCUAAUAUUUGAGGUUUCACGUCACGUGUGAAAGCAUUGUAAAAACUGAAGAUUUAAAAACCUUGAGAAUUAAAUAUUUGUAGAAAGGCAUAAUAAAAAAGAAAGAAGGCACAUGCAGCUGUAGGUAGGGUUAUGAUUAUGGGGAACAAUGAUGAUGCAUCAUGGAUAACAGCAACCAUUAAUAAGCCUUUUUCCAUUUAUAACCCCCACACUCUCAACGUUUCUUCUCCUUUGCGCAUUACCCUCUCACUCCUCUUCACUACCUCCAAAACCCUUUUCCCUUUCCCUAAUAACUUCUCAUGUGGCCACCGUGGCUUAAUUCGCCCAACCGGUUCCGCAACGCUCCACCGCCGUCUCCGUCACCCUCGUCAUCGCCCUCGCAUUCUCGAUCUCGCUCAUUAAGCUUCUCCUGUUCAUCUUUCAAAGACAUUCAGAGCCUCCUCCAAGAAAAGCCGGAAUCCGGCCCCGCCGCUCCCAAAUCUCCGUCGCUCUUCCGCCGCGUCCGGAUCUCCACUGCCGUACUUCGCGCCUGGGGUGCCUCGCGCGCUACCGUCCCCGCUGCUCUUUCGCCCGGCCUUGACCAAGGCGUCGUAGUAUACUUCACCAGUCUCCGCGUCGUCCGCCGCACUUUCGACGACUGCCGAGCUGUCCGAUCCAUCCUCCGUGGCCUCCGCGUCGCCGUCGACGAGCGCGACGUCUCCAUCGAUGACCGCUUCCGCGACGAACUUCACGCCGUUCUCGGCCGCCGCAGCCUCGCUCUGCCACGCGUCUUCGUCGGCGGUGUAUACAUCGGCGGCGCCGACGACGUUCGUCAACUUAACGAGAGCGGCGAGCUCCACCGCCUCAUCGAACGGCUCCCGCGCUCGAAUCAGAACGCUUGCGACUGCUGCGGAGGUUUCAGAUUCGUAGUGUGCGAUGAGUGCAACGGAAGCCACAAAAUCUUCACCGAAAAAAACGGAUUUCGAAGCUGUCCGUCUUGCAAUCUCAACGGCUUGAUUCGGUGCCCUGCUUGCUUCUUCGUGCACCCGCGCCACACCAAAUAACUUACUUUAUCGGUUAGUUACUGCUCACAGUUCACAGACAACUCACGGAAGAAAUUAAAUUAAUAAUUUAUGUUUAUAAAUAAUGACUUUCUCACUUGCAUUUCAUCAAUGCGACUACAUUACAUAUAUUAAUGGAAAUCGUGUACUCUGAGGAUCUACAAAUCUGAAUAGGGUUACGGCAUUAUUAACUGUUAAUUAAUUAUUAAUAAUAUUUUGAUAUUAUUAUAUGGUUUUAAAGCUUA